GGGCAGCUGCGGCCGGGGGGGGGCCGGGACCGGGACCGGGACCGGGAUCAAAAUCGGGAUCAAAAUCGGGACCGGGAUCAGAACCGGGACCGGGACCGGGAUCCGGACCCGUUCAGCGCUUGGUGUCCGCCGCCGGCAGGGCGGGGGGUGUGCGGGCAUCUGCUGGGAGAUCCCCUACGAGACCACAAAAUCUGUGCAGGGAAGCUCCGAGUCCUGGACCCUGGCAGAGCUCAGAGUUACCUCAGUGGUGGUUCUGUGCUUUUAGGGACCAUCUUCAGGGCUUAGCGUGGAGGCUCCCAGCUCACUGACAGGACUUAACCAUGGCGGGUAAAAGUAGUAAGCCCAAGCGUGCCAAAGGCAAAAGCUCCAAAAAGAAAGGGAAGAAGGCGGUGAAGGACGUGGAUAUCCUCAGCCCAGCCGCCAUGCUCAACGCCUACUACGUCUGCCACAACGCCCCCGCCUGCCUGGAGUUGCGGGGCUUUCCCUGGCCUGGCUCCCCCAAAAAGAAGGGCAAGAAACGAAAUUUGCAGGAGGAGAAGCUGAAGAGCAGUACGAGCUCUUGCCAAGAUGAAGAACCCGAUUUAACAGCAAUUCCACGCAGGGCAGGUGUUUAGGAAAACAACUUCCUUCUGGGCAACUUCCUCCACAACAGCACCGUGCGCGGGUUCCUCUGAAGCAGCUGGCACUUGAGCAGGGCGGCAGGCGGCACGCCGCUCGAGAGGGCUCUGAUCUGCUACGACUGCUGCAAGCAAGCAAAGCCUCUUUUACAGCCAUCACAGACUGGAGUUACAAUGAUAUCAAGACUCUGGAUCAAAGUUUUACUUUGCAGAAAUGACUGGGACAAAUAGUGAAAUAUCAUUAUAGGUUUUCUCUUUAAAAACAAAAAGAUCUGCUUUUUGUGUGGUGCAGUUGAGCACAGCAGAUGGUGACCAGCGAAGUGCAAAGGACAAAGACUCCGCUUUCCAGUAUUUCUGAAAAGUUGCUAUUCAUUUCUUUGGCAACAGACGGAAAACCCUUCCAACCGUCCCAAGCUGAAAAAUAAACACUUUUUCUUCUUUUUUUUUCCCCUUUUACCUCUCUUCCGCCUGGAUCCAUCUCAAUUUUGCAUGCGAUUCAGGCUCCCUGUUGGUUAACGAAGGCCAACAGACACCUCCAAAGAAAAGUCUGGACUUCAAAUGCGUCGAUUCUCUGCUUGAAUACGCUGCUUCAGAGUGCUGCAGACUGCUGCCAGCUUCUAAGGGGCAGUCUGGCUCAAGUGGACGUGACUUCCCAGGCAGUCUGUUGCUGCUGGAUGACACAGAUACUUCUGUCCUAUCACAGUGUGUAAGAGCUCGAUUCUGUGGCAGGCUUUUCUUCCCGCCGGGGUGCAGAGUUUAUAAGCUGAGUUUAAGGCGAAUAAAGCCAAUUCUGCUCAAAUCCCCAGAGAAUCUUUUGAGGGGAAGCUGGAUGCUGGAGAGACCCUUUGCUUUAGGGGCACGGUGCGAGGGAACUUCGCAGCAUUGCGUGCAUCAUCUUGCAGAAAGGCAUUUUUUUCUGGAAGUCGGGCUUCCUUCGUGCUGCUGUUACUCAGCAGUCGCGCAGCGUGCUGCUUUGAGUGUGCGAGGUUAACGUUUCCUGGAGGAAGUUGUACACCGAAACCAGGCUGUUAAAAAUACACCGGGUGCUGACGUAUGUGUUUGUGGGUGGGGGACGGGGAGGGAAGGAGGGCCACAGGACUGUUGUUGUGCAGAGUGAGUGAUGGCUAUUUAUAUAGCAGUUAAAAAAAAAGAGGUGAUUCACCACACUUGGUAUUAGAACAUCCCUCAGUCGAUGCUUCCAUAUUGCCUGGUAUUUCCUAGCCUGUUACUCUCACGUUAAGAAAAGCAUGGUGGAUCUUUAGGAUAGAUAAGAAAGGCUCGAGAAGUGGCAUGCACCCUUUUGUCUCACUUUUAGAUACGCCCUGGCUGUUAUUUCCCAACUUCAGGGGAGGACAGUGAGGACUUUUUGGUCAUAAAUGCUAUCUCCAUAAUGAAAAGGUUACUAUGGUGAAUUUAAAAACAAAACUAAACAAAACAAAAUUUUUGUCCAAAAUAUAUAUAUUAGAUGUUGGCACUGAACAGUGUCAGCAGAAAUAAAUAAAAUAACGUUUUUGGUAGGUUAACUCCUGUCUCAUUUGCCCAUUUUUCCUGGUUUCCCACUGCCACUUCAGACGUUCCUUAUAAACCAAGAAUGUCAUUGAAUUUUAAUGUCUUUUUUUCUAAGCCUCUCACCUUAGGUUGAGAAAAAGCUUCUGCCUUUUUUUCUUUUGCUAGUAAUUGUCGCACAAAAGACUGGAAGGAACAAAAGGUGAGAAGUUGCAGAGGUGACACUGGUGAGUUUCGAGGCCUUCCAUUCCAGAUGCUGAAAUGUUUUUGUUGCAUCCUAGUGCUACCCAGUCACCGGUAGUUUCCUGGAGGUAUUCCAUGAAUUCAGGAGUCCUGCUUCUUGGAGAUGUUUUUGAUGACCCCCUUAGAGGAAGUUUAUGAGGUUUUGCCACCCCUGAGAGCCUCAGCCCAUAGAUUAGUCAUGACAGAAUCUGGGGGAGAAAAUAGCUUUUUCUCUCUCUCUUUUUUUUUUUUUUUUGGUU